CCAAAAAAAGAACUAAUCUACCAGAUAUUAUUUUCUUCUGAUAUUAUCAGAAGAAAGAAAGAGAGAGAAACUAUUGAAUGCAUAUAUCAUUCCCCAGGCUCUGGUAAAUUGGAGAAGAAUGUUGACAACCAGAGAGCUCAUAUACUUCCAGUGAGAGUAAAAAAUAAUAUAAUGAUUAUGGAAACGGUUUAGCUUAAUCUACUAAAGUUGAAGGUACACAUACUCUAUGAUGCAGCCUACGGAAACACAUGUAUUUGUGGACUAGGAGAAAUGAAUUGUAUAUUAACAGUAGCGUUGCUGCUAGCAGCCCAAAUGGAGAAUAAUUAUAGUAGGCUAGGUAAAUAAAAAUAAGUAGUGGUUUAUUCAUAAAAUGUAAUACUGUAGAGUAAUAAAAAUGAAUAAACUAUAGCUAUAUGUAACAAACUUAAUGUUCAGCUAUCUACAAAAUACUACAUAUAAUAUGGUUCCAUUUUUAUAAAGUACAAGAACAGGUACAACUAAAUAUUGUUGUUUAGAGAUGCAUACUGUGGUGCAGUGGAUUGCUUUUAUGUGGCUUUUCUCACCAUGGUCUUGUAACUCCCACCCAAGUGAUUGGGGAGGACUGUGCAAAUAGGGUAAUUGUGGCCCACCAAGGGGAUUGGUCAGUUUUGCCUUCCCACCGAGCUUUAAAUGAGCCAUCACAGAGGUGGGAAGGAGAUGAUCUCACCACCACCAAGGAAGAAGGACCAAGAGCACGUCCUUUGGACUCAGAAUCCUGCACUUAGAAGCUCUUGGAACAAGGAGACAGAGAGAGAGAGAGAGUCAAAGAUUCAGAGACAGAGAGACAAACAUAGAGAGAGAGGGCUGUAACACUGAAGACGGUGAGAAGUUAUGGCAGAGAAAUGGCAACAGGAGAGACUGGCAGGAGAUGGUGUGGUAGCCCCUCAUAGCUAGCCGAAUGCCUUCAGGCAGGAGGCUUGCUUAUGGAGUAGGGUGCCUCCAGGCACUUGAUGGAGCUAGUUUGCCUACCCACAGAGCUGGAGCUGAGCACUUUAGGGCCAAGACUUUCUGGCUGAGAAGAGUGCCUCCGACACUUACCAGUAGAGCUAAAAGAGCUUUGUAAGAGUUGCCUGGGCAGGGGCAGAGGCUGAAGGCCAGAGAGAGGCAUGCCUGUGAGCACGGCUAAGAAGAGGCUGUCCUGAUAGAAGAACUGUAUCCUGAGUGUUCCUCAGCCUGAACUGUAACCUUUUACUUCCCUAGUAAACCCAUAAUUUUAAGUAUUGUCUCUGAGUUGUGUGGCCAUUGCAAUGAAUUAUUGAAUUCAGCAGAAAAGUAGAGAGUGCCAUGGGAGGGAUGGUUGGUGUCAGAAGUGGUAAAGAUGGCAGAGGGAGGACGCAUGUCUGAAUUCUACCUCAUAGGAAUCAGUCUUUGGUUAUUGAUCUUGAUUCUCUUUCCCUCCUGUGAAGUUACAGGAGGUCAACAAUACCCCCACGCCAUUUUUACACGUAGUUAAGUUGUAAAAUUAAAAAUAAAAGCAAGGAAGUGACUACUAUAAUGGAAAGGGGAGGGUAAUGAUUCUAGAGUCAGAGAGGCAGAAGAUAGUUAUUGGGAUGGACAAUGAAGGAAGCUUCUAGAUACAAAUGAUAUUCUAUUUCUUAAACAUGGUGGUAGUUACAAUGGAAUUUUCUGCAUAAUGACUUAUUAAGUUGUAUAUUUAUAUAAUAUGUAUGUUUUCAUACAGAUCGCAAUAAGAAAACUUCUCUGCCUAUCACUAAUAUUCAGUAAUUUCUGGUGUUUUCAGACCAAUAAGUAACCCAGGGCAGUACAGUUAUGUGUUAUUUAACAUCCACAAUACAUUCUGUGAAAUAGGACAUUAUGUGAUUUGGACAUUGUGUGAACACGAGAUUGGAUACUGCUGACUAGGAGUCAAAGCAUACACUGUUCUACGGUAAAAUUUUUAUUUGUAAGUAGGGAAAGUUCAAAUUAAAAUAAAGAUAGAAAGUACAGUACAUACACAAGCCAGUAACAUAGGCAUUUAUUAUGAUUACCAAGACAGGUAUUAUAGGUUACAUAUGUACUGUACCAUCAUAUGCCUGGCAUCACAAUCACUUUAUAUAAGAGGCAUGAGAUACACGUGUUUCAUGUGGGGAGCUGUUCCAUUCACUACAUCCAGUUACCUCCACUACAUUCUGCUCUCCAAUAGGGAUUUCUGAAUUUUGUUAUAAACUUAUGAGACCAUGGAUGUAUAUGUGGUUCAACAUCUCCCAAACAGAUGUUAUGUGGCACAUGACUGUAUUUCGAGAAGAGACAUAGCUAAUUAUUGAAUGUAAGUGUUUAUUGCAUUCCUCAGGAUGGCUUAAAUACAUAUUUGAGUCUCCAUUUAUCUACACUGUCAUUCAGUAUUUGCCGGUCUUUUUACAGCUAGCUGACAGACACAUGAAAAUCUUCAACACCCCCAAUAACUCUAUCUCUGGCUUCAUCCUCUUGGGCUUCCCUUGCCCCAGGGAGGGUCAGAUCCUCCUCUUUGUGCUCUUUUUUAUUGUCUACCUCCUAACCCUCAUGGGGAAUGGUUCCAUCAUCUGUGCUGUGCGCUGGGAUCAGAGACUCCACACCCCCAUGAACAUCCUCCUCGCCAACUUCUCCUUCCUGGAGAUCUGCUAUGUCACCUCCACUGUCCCCAACAUGUUGGCCAACUUCCUCUCUGAGACCAAAGUCAUCUCUUUCGCUGAGUGUUUUCUCCAAUUCUACUUUUUCUUCUCCCUGGGUUUUACAGAAAGCUUUUUCUUGGCGGUUAUGGCAUUUGAUCGCUCUCUUGCAAUCUGCCAGCCUCUACACUAUCCAACCAUUAUGACUGGACAUCUCUGCCUCAAUCUCGUGGUCAGCUGCUGGGUACUUGGUUUCCUCUGGUUCCUGAUUCCUAUCAUCAUCAUCUCCCAGAUGUCCUUCUGUGGAUCUAGGAUCAUUGACCACUUCCUGUGUGACCCAGGUCCUCUGCUAGCCCUCACUUGUACCAGAGCCCCUGCAAUAGAGUUGACUAGCUCUACCUUAAGUUCUAUACUUUUGUUUAUUCCCUUUCUCUUCAUCAUGGGAUCCUACAUGCUGGUCCUGAGAGCUGUGUUGAGAGUCCCUUCAGUAGCUGGACGAAGAAAAGCCUUCUCCACAUGUGGGUCCCAUCUGGCUGUGGUUUCACUUUUCUAUGGCUCAGUGAUGGUCAUGUAUGUGAGCCCAACAUCAAAACGUGAGGCUGGAAUGCAGAAGAUUGUGACCCUGUUUUACUCUGUUGUGACCCCACUCAUUAACCCUGUGAUAUACAGUCUGAGGAACAAAGAUAUGAAGCAUGCAAUGAAGAAAUUCCUGGGAAUAUAAAAAUGAGAGUCCUAGUUAAAAGGAUAUUGGGGCAGAGAAUUAGUUGUUAACUUUUCUUGGUUAAAAAGAAAAUUUACUGGUAUCACUCAGAAAAUUAUUCAUAUUGUUUUUGAAUGUUACAUACCAUGGUGUUUUUUAUAUUUCUUAGAAUUUAUAGGGCUACAAGGCAUCUUGAAGAUGUACUCCAACUCCCUGAUUUUACAAAUGAUAGGGUUAUAGAUUGAAAAAUUUGGUAAGUUAGAAAAGGUCAUAACCUCAGGGCAAAACCAAAUUUUUCUAUUAUAAAAUUUUAUAUCUUUGCUCAACAACAAAUUGUCUUUA